AUGUUUUCAAUUACCACGUUUGCUUUAGUUUUGGUUUGUAUAAGCCAGUUAGCUGAUAUAAGUGCCACAAGAUAUGACCCGACUUGGGAGUCGCUAGAUUCGAGGCCGAUUCCUUCGUGGUACGACGAAGCUAAAUUCGGAAUUUUCAUGCACUGGGGAGUUUAUUCCGUUCCAAGUUUCUACUCAGAAUGGUUUUGGUGGUGUUGGAAAGGUGCACAUACUCAAGAAUGCGUCGACUUCAUGAAGAAAAACUAUCGUCCAGAUUUCUCAUACGCCGAUUUUGGUCCGAUGUUCAAGGCAGAAUUUUUCAAUCCGGAUCAGUGGGCCGACUUAUUAGCUCGUUCUGGCGCAAGGUAUUCUUUUGUACUUUACUUUUUUUAAAAGGCUUUAUGGGGAUGCUUUUUUAUCCUUGAUUUUAUUUAGAGUAUUAUGGCGAAUUUACCCUAAUUAUGUAACACAAAAGCUCAAACCCCUGAAUGUCACAUGACUCGUAACUAGUCAGCGGUGAGGAUCGAGGAUCGGGAAUUGGGGAUCGGGGAUCGAGUAUCGGGGAUCGGUAAAAAACUAAUAAUUACAAAUAGAAUAACCGAAGAACUGCAGAAAUAAAUAUGUAAAAAAUGACACUUCCAUGUUAACUUUGCACGUCAUCAUUCCAUCACCUACCUAGAUUAUAGACAAGAACCAUAAGCAGGCAUGAGUUGCAUUUUACCUGUUUUGGGUUUACAGUGCUUUGAAAAUCUUAAAAUUAUUCCUUUUUUGGCGGUGUCGACAAGAAAAUAUUCAGAUGUUGUGUCAGAUCGCCAAGAAGAAACCUGCUCCGCUGGUGAUACGCAUAGCUGGCUGAGAAAUUAUCAGCAGGAAAACGAAGAAGAUGCACUUCAAUGAGCCAUCAAAGUAAGCAAGGCACAGUCAAUUUGCGAACAAGCACCUAAGAAGUGUGCUGUGAUGGUGAUAAAAUUACUGUCUUUUUUUCUUUCGCAAAUGCAAAAUCAGAGGUAGAUUUGUGUAAAUCCACAUUGGUCAUUGUCUGCCAGAUUUUUAGUAUGAAUGAAGGAUAUGUGCUGUUACAAUGAGCUCAUAUUCCCAGUCCUGUUUUUCUUUGGUAUUUCAAGCAUGUAACAUCAUCUUCAUUUUUUGGGCCCGAAGAGCCAUUUUAUUUCGAUUUUCUUUUCACAAUUGACCCCAUGCACCAACCCUGUCAAAGAGCGCAACUGCACCAGGGUAACUGCAGGAAAUAGUUUUGUUGUCAAAGGUACUGGUGCCUACUUUUUCGUUUGGAAUACAAAACGAGUGUUAUAUGUCGUAACUCAAAAUGUAAAAAUUGUAAGGGCUGACAGAGAUUUUACACUUUAAAAAUUGAACAAUGAUAUUUCUACAUAGCUGUAAGUGGACCAAGAUAAGGAUUGCAGGAGCGUAGUGUCCAUACACAUAUGCAUUUACGCCCGUGCGUACAUGUACAGCUGAAAUAUGAAAAAAUUAUAUACUUCUGAUUUCCCCAGAAAGUCUUUUUUCAUCAUUAAAUCAGGAUGACUGAUACAUUUUUUGCACCACAGUUUAUAUUGGUGUCUUUGUGUCAGUAUUUCUUCUACCUUUUACUGUUAUUCCAUAAUUCUGAAUGUGUCACUGGCCUUUUUUCCCCGUAAACAGUGUACCUUACCGACAACACUAGAGAAGGGUAAAGUAAACAAAUAUAACUACUGCAUUUUCAGGCAUAUUAAUGUACUGAAAAUGUCCGGCGGAAAACGCUGUAGCCUGCGUAGCAAGCGUUUCCGUUUGGUUUCAGAGCAGAAAGAGACCACGAAACAGUACAAAAAAAAAAAGCAUGAAUUAAGGACACUCAACUUGGGUCACACUGCUCUGAUACACUGUACCUGUCUCUCUCUCUUCCAAUGUUGUUUUGUAAUGGUUGUCCAAGUUUCAGGCCAACAAUGAAAGGAACAGGGAAAAGGAGGUCGAGCACAACAUGUCAACAUUAUUCAAUCGACCCAAGUUCUAAUGUCACAGAUUGCAGCUCUUAGAUUAUCCAGGUGAACUCUUUGAUAGUCUUACAGGGACAUUUCUUCUAAUGCCAACAAUGUUCUUUUUUUGUUGUUGUUUGUUUUGUUUUUUCUAGGUAUUUUGUUCUUACCAGUAAACACCAUGAAGGUUGGACAAACUGGAGAUCCAAUGUGACUUGGAAUUGGAACUCUGUGGAUAAUGGACCUCACAGAGAUCUUGUGGGUACGAAACACAGUCAUUACCAGUACACUGUUUAUUAUGAGAUUUUUAAUUUUUGGCAGAUAAAUUUUUAACAUUAUUGGUGACUUAAAUAAGGUAUGUGAAGUUUUGUUCAUCUGGGCCCAGUUGUUUAAAGGCUGAUUAGUACUUAACCCAGGGUUAAAUUUAACCUGGGUUUCUUUUUCUUUUGUUCAAAAGCAUUUUCUCGGAUAGUUUUCUCUGUUAUUGUUAAGAGCAUUCAAUCAUCAAUUUGAUGAUAAAAAGAAUUAAACUGAAUUUACUUUUCAAGCUUUCAUAUCUGAAUUCAAAUUUCGCACUAACCUUAGGUUAUCUUAACCCAGCUUUGAACAACCCGGCCCUGACUAAUAUUAAAAUGUCAUAGACUUCCAACUUUUCUUUUGGCUGUGGACAAUUAUUUUGCAUAAAUAGUUUUGUUUGGCCGCUUAUACGCUCUUCUCACAUAUGGUAAUAUGCCCGUCUAACCUCUUUUUUGAGUAAAACGUCCUUUGAAAUCCUAAUCAGACGACGUUUUCGUAUUUGAAUUCAAAAGAAUUUUUACCCGUAAACGAGGUUAGACGGGCAUAUUACCAUAAGUGAGAAGAGCGUAUUGUGCAGCUUAUUUUGAUGUUGAGUGAUAACAAUAAUAAUGAAUAAUAUUGGAAACUUUAUUUGUGUUUGAGUUUCCAUUAUAAUAAUAAUAAUAAUAAUAAUAAUAAUAACAAUAACGAUAAUGAUCCAAUGAUAAUAAUCAUUAUAAGAAUUUUUUUUAUUAUUAUCACAAUGUACACAAUAACUAUAAGACAAAACUCUAUAAUAUUUAUAUUACAUUACAUUUAACGAUGUUCUGUAGUGGAUUUACACAAUUGUUUACAGUGUAUGAACAGGGAGAAUUUUUUUUUUUAACCAUCAUUUGUUCAACUAGGUGAACUUGCAUCAUCCAUCAGGAAACGCACCAAUGUCACGUUUGGCUUGUACUUUUCAUUGUUUGAGUGGUUUCACCCUCUUUACCUCAAAGACAAAGCCAAUAAAUUUCAAACACAAGAUUAUGUUGAUGUAAGUAAAUGUAUAUCAAACAAAUUUAAUACUAUUAUCAUCAACAUUGCAUUGACACAACUGCAUGCCAUAAUUAUAAAGAACUAGUAUAAUUAUGCAUGUAUAUGCAUGUAGAUGUUUAGAUGUUGUGGUUCAAUUUUUAUCCUUUGGUUCAAAUUUCAUUUUUCUUUGUUUCAAACUGAUUAUCAUUCACUAUGAUAUCCAACCACAAAGGAAAAUAAAAUUGGAACCAAUGAUAGCAUUGAAACACAACAUGGAAUCAUACAUUGUAAAUUAAUUCUGAACACAGACAUUUAACCCUGCUUUUCAGACACUCGCUUAAUACAGACACCUCACUAUUAUGGACAGUUUUCUAUGUCCUUGGGGAAAGCUCUUAUAUUUUCUCUUAGGUAUUUCUCUUAUAUACCUGUUUAACAUAAACACCCAUUAAUUCAGACAAAGGACACCUAUUUCUUGUCCAAUCAAUGAAUUCUCAUAGAAAGCCAACCUUGCUAAUGCAGACACUUCAUGAUCAACUGUGUGCCAUAAUAGACCUUACCUUUUUGAAGGCAAAAAAAACCUUCCUUUGAAAGGAUGUCGAUGUUCCCAGCACUUGCAUACGUUCAAUAGGAUGAUUUGUAGACGUCAAUUUUUGGCUUCAAACGAGUUAUGCAGUUAAGGGUUUUGAUUAAGUUAUACUAUAAAUGGGUGAUUUUCAAGUGUUUGCACGUAAUUACAGCUUUGUUACGGUUAGAGACGUUUAAUUUGAUGAUGCUUAUGUCCUCUUUUAUUUCUUUGGUAUUUUGUUCUAGUAAAAGUUUUUUUUUUAAAAAAAAUGACCUGCUAAAUACGUACACCCUGUUAAUAAGGUCACUUUCUGUGUUCCCUUCCGAGUCCGUAUUAACAGGGUUUGACUGUAUUGAGAAGUUAAGGUGGGAACACACCAUAGGCAACAAGUUACAAUUACAGCAACACAUCAUAGCAAUUUGUCGCCUUGUGUGUACUGUCAAAAUCUUUGUUUCUGUUUAGUGGAAACUCAAUAUGAUGAAGGGCCAAGGGACUGGCAAAAGUUGUUCACUAUGAGGAGGUUUUGUUAUACUGAGUUUCUUUUUCAUAUUACUAGGAUAAAGAAAAUUGUUUGUUAUGCUGAGGACUUUGUUAUAUACACUGUAGAGGUUUAAAUCAAGGUUCCUCUGUAACAGAAUGUUUGUUGCUUUUUAAGUGGCCCCAAAUCAAAUUGUGAUUUGUUGCUGUGACAUAUUGCAGUGAAAUGUCGCCUAAUGUGUUCAACGUGACUACUGGUUUCCCCCCUUGAAAUGACUUCUGAGAAAUGAGCGUAGUUAUUCCAUACUGAUUACAUGCCACUCCCCAGAUCUAGGUAGUGCUUUUGAUUCAUUGAGGCAAAUUUCCCUCAUGGUAAGACAGAUCAGAAGCACUUCUCAGAUCUGAGUAGUAAUAUAUCAUCAGUAUGGAAUUUCCUGCGCUCUUUCCUCAGAUGCUAUUUCACUGGAAAUUCCGGAAAGCAGUAGUAGUAUUGCAAAAUGUUUGCUGUUUCCUCAGGCUCAGGCUUUUUUUUCUUUUGCAGGACGUCAUGGUGCCUCAAAUCUAUGACCUUGUAAACACCUAUAGACCUGAGUAUAUUUGGUCUGAUGGAGACUGGGAGGCACCUGAUACCUACUGGAAGAGUAAAGAAUUCUUGGCCUGGUUAUACAAUGACAGGUAUGAUGUAUGCACUGUAUCACUCACAUUUCUUUGAAUAACCACCCAUGACCUUGGUAAUACUUUCCUCCCCUUUACCUUACCUUCUUAAGAAAGCCUCUAAUAGUAAUUUGAGUUGAGUGCCUGUAAAAACUAGAUGGAAUAGCCACAUGUAAGUGCUUUUUUCCACUAUAAACAAACCUUUUACCUUUUAACCUUUUAAAGGUAUACCCUCAAUAGACCUUUUCUACUUGUAGGUUUUAUUUUCCCACUUCAGACCAGGGAAAUUGCGUUUUGUCUUUUGAUGAAUUAUGCAUACAUAUAUUUAUGUAAAUACACUGUACAUGGAUAGGAUAGCAUUUUGAGAGAAACUUUUCCCCACCCCCCCGCCCCCCAAAAAUUUUCUUAUGGUCCUUCCCUUACCAUUUGUAUCGUAAAGCUGAAAUUUGGGUUGGAAAAUCAAAUGGUUUGCACCAUUCCGUUUUGGAAGCUUCAGAAAAUAUGGGCCACAGGGAAGCCAAAGGCUGUAUUAGCUAUAAAGCUCAAAAUUAUGGGCACUGUUGCAUAAAGAUUCCUGAAAAAAAUGCAGGGAAUCAAUCUUACAAAUAAAGUCGGUAAUAGAGACAAAUUUACAUGUUUGUUUGUUUGUUUUUUCUCACACAGCCCUGUGAAAGAUACAGUUGUGGUGAAUGACCGUUGGGGUGCUGGUUGCAUGUGUCACCAUGGUGGCGCGUAUACCUGCUCUGAUCGGUACAACCCAGGUAUUACUAUCCUUCUGCUUUACACAUUACUGCAGUUAUGUUACAUGUAUUUCCUUCAAUUUACAUUGUGAACAUUUAAGACCUGUCCAUAAGUAUCCUGGUUUUUAUUUGAAAAAAAGAAAAAGAUUUAUAGGUUUUUCUCCAUAAUUUCAGUUCCAAAACAUUAUUUCGCCAGGGUUCGCACAGUCUUGAAGAGUCUUUGAAGUUUUGGGGAAUUUUAAAGUCCUUGAAACGUUCUUGAAUUCCAUUUUCCCUUGAAAAGUCUUAAAAUUUCUGUGCAAGUCCUUAAAAACUCCUUUUGAACGAUCGCCAACUUUGGAUUGUAGUGGUCUGAAAAGUGCUUUUUAAUACUUUUUGGUUGUGUAGUAGGGGUUUAACAGAUUUCGAUUAUUGCCUUUCGAUUUGAUUCUGUGAAUGUUUCUUAAUUCUUACAACAUAAUACGUAAUGCAAACAACAUGCCACCCUAACCCCUCAAUUUGAGAAUAGUAAGAGGACAGGAGGAUUCACAGUCGCUUGGUCGUUUGUCGCCAUGUUUGAGAACCUGACAAAGAGCAACAUGGUUUGGCUUAGAUGGAAAUUCUCAGGGGGUGGUUGAAGGACAGCAUUUUGGCGCAUGAACUGCAAUCGUAUUUGCUCGUCAGUCAAAAGGCACAUUCUAAAGAGUUCUGGAUUCUGAUUUUUCAAUAUAAUAACUCACUGAGGGCACCCUAGAAAAGUUAUGCAAAAAUCGAGCCAAAAUCGAAACGUGGAAGCAAAGAAUCGUGAAUCGAACCGGUCAUAAUCGCGAUUUAUCUAGAAUUUGAUCUGUUUGAUUAAUCGUUACAUCACUGUUGUCCAAAACAGAAUAUGAAUCAUGGCUCAGAGAAGUAAAAGGUGAUUUACAUCAAGCGUUUUUUGUUGUAUGCAAGAAAUAACUACAGCUAUAUCAACUUGAGACAAGUGUACUGAAAAAUGUAGAGAAGUUGGUGGAGCAAACAGUUCAAGCCUUAAAGUCCUGUUAGAGUGGAUUUGGAAUGUGCGUUUUUGUGUAAUCUGUGAAAAUACAUUCCUGGUACAUGUAGGUGGUCCUUGAAAAGUCCUUAAAAAUGGUUGCAAUUUUUAGUAUAAACCUUUAUGCUAUCAGUGACCUGUCUCCAUUCUGUGCUUUUCAAUGUUUCUUUCAUUAGGUAUCUUGCAGAAACACAAAUGGGAAGAUGCUAUGACAGUUGAUAAGAAAUCAUGGGGCUAUCGCAGAAACACUGUAUUGUCAGAUUUCCUCACCAUGGAUGACUUGACCUCUAUUCUGGCUUCAGCUGUAAGGUGAGAUAAAAUUCCCUGCUUGCCCGCUUUUUCCCUUCCUGCCUUUAUGGUUUGAUAGAAUCUGUUGCCAUACUUCAGUAAAAAUGCGUAGAAGGUACGCAUGUUAUGCAGUUGUAAAAAGAAAGCCUGAAAAAUCUGAGGGGAAUGUAACUGUAGUCCCACCUCUGCACUACCAAAUUUCUGUUCCAUCAGUCUUGUAAUUGCUAUUUUGUUUUCCCCUUUUUUGUAAUAGUUGUGGUGGAAAAAUGGGCGGCGAAUUGUUUUGUUUUGGGCGAAAGGACCCGAUUCGGAGGCGAAUAAUAGCUGUAGUCCCACGUCUUCAUUUGUAUCAUGUCUUUUUGCAAUCGAUCUGGUAAUUGCCAUUAAUUUUCCCUUUAAAUUGUGAUAUUUGUGGUGGUAACACUGGUGGCGAAUUGAAUCACUUUUGGCGAACGAUCCGAAUUGGGGGCGAAUGUAUCUGUAGUCCCACCUCUGCUGUGCUAAUAGACGUUUUAGCUUCUAAGUGUCGUUUUUCUAUUUCGGGCCACGUUAUUGUACCCCAGAGAAAUGUUUUUUUUUCAAAUAUCGUCUUAUGCACGUGUGUCCACGUGCCUAUGUAUGCAUAAGGCAAAUUCCCUGGAGAACAUCACGUGGUCUAAAUUGGGAAAACAAAACAUACAAGGUAAAAAGGUGUAUUGUCUAGUGCACUAUCAGUCUUGAAUGUGUUAUUGAUUUCACCCUUUUUUGUAACAGCUGUGGUGGAAAUUUGCUGAUGAACGUUGGACCAACAUCAGACGGUAGGAUCGACCCUAUUUUCCAAGAACGUCUGGAACAGAUGGGAGAUUGGCUUAAAGUUAACGGCGAGGCCAUAUACGGAACCAAACCCUGGCACACACAGAAUGACACCUCAACUCCUCAUAUAUGGUAAGCAGUUAUAUCACAGGUAACCCAGGCUCACUAUUUGUGUCACGUACUGGUUUCAUUUGACAUGAGUAAAUAUAGAGAGCAUAUUGGGCCAAGUUUAGGUCUGGAAAUUUGCUAGAAAAUGGAAAUAAAAAUCGAUGAAACUUGCCAAAUUUCCAGACCUAAACUUCGCCCCAUAUGAUCUCUAUAUUUACUCAUGUUAUAUGAAACCCGUACGUGAUACAUAUAGUGAGCCUGGGUUACCUGUCGUUAUGUGGGAGAUAUAGUAUAGCUCUUUGCCCUUUCAUAAGACGUUCCUUAAAGGAGCUCUGUCUCGAAAUAUAUCAAAAUUUAAACAGUGGGACCUGCUUCUUAAUUGAGUGAAACAUAAAGAUACACCGCUCAAAACAUUGAAAGACAUUUACAUCAAUUCAGGGAAACUGAGCUGGUAGAAAUUUCAUUACUGUCUGGCGUGUGAAUUCACUGCUCAUUACGCAUGCAACAAUGCAGAGAUGAAUCUGAAACGGAUUCAACUUUCGAAUAAUAAUGCAGUUUAAGAGAUUAAGGCCUCCUCAGGUCUGCAAGUUUACUCCAUUAUAGUGGAUGUUGUCCGUCGAGUUGUCUUCUUGGUGUUCUUGCGAUGGUUUUAGACAAUAUUUCGCCGUGAAACGAGUAAAAUCCGCGACAGUUCCGCCAUUUUGUUCAAACUACCAAAACAACUUAACCUCGUCUCCUGGUUUUCUCGGUCAACGGUUCAAUAACCUGUAACCAGGCUGCACUUUUGACGUCAUUUUGACGUCAUCGAUUCAAUAUGACAAAAUUCGGAUCUCGACCCAGAGCUCCUCUGCGCAUGUAGAGGAGAGAGAUGAAGAGCCCAUUCCCAAACCCGUAAGCACUGGGGUCGAGAAUAAACAAAAUUCUUUCCAAAUUUGGUCAACAGCAGCUGGUUAUGGUGAAUUAUGCAUGUGGUUUUAGCCAAUCAGAAACGGGGAAAUAUUUUAAAUGAAUAUUAAAUCACUAAUGGAAUCUUCAACUUACUUUUGGGGGGAACAUAUGCACGCUUGACCUGCCUUGACUAUAAAUGGCUAUGAGCGACUCGCUAACGCGUCGAACUGAAACCGUGUUUUCACAGGUAUACCAGCAAACCAGGUGUUACCUACGCCAUUACUCUGGAGUGGCCUACAACAGGCACGCUGAAUCUUAGUGUACCGAUUACAACAGCGACUACCACAGUGAAUCUGCUUGGCUUGCCUGAUGUGAAAAUCCCUUGGAAGGCUUUAACUAGUCAUAGUGGAAUUAUGAUUUCUGUACCGCCCCUAACUGUCUCUGAAAUGCCCUGCAAAUGGGCUUGGGUCUUUAAAAUGAGCAAUGUUGAGUGAUGGCUGUAUGCGUUAUUUUUCUCAAUUGUUUCUUUCUAAAUUUGUAAAUUCAAAAAACUUCUGGGCCCAGUUGUUCGAAGGUAGAUUAGAACCAACCCGGGUGUCAAUUUUAAGCCGGGUUUCUUUUUCUUUUGCUCUAAAGCAGUUUCUCCGUUAGUUUUAAGCAUUUUGAGAAUCCUCUGAGCAAAUUGUUGACAAAGGGAAUUAAACUAAAUUUGCCAUUUAAACUUUCAUAUGUGAAUUCAAAUUUCAGGCAAACUCUGGGUCAUCUUAACCCAGCUUUGAACAACCCGGCUGUGAAGUUUAUUUUUUAUAUUUCGAGCAGUGUCACUGUGGGUGCCGGAGACUUUUCAUGCGUGGUUUCCUGUUUUGCACAGUAAUUUUCAAGGAGUUAUAAUAACUCCUCUACUGAGGCUAAUUUGACUCCUUACAGUGGAGUUAUUUUGGGGGGAGUUAUUUUAACUCCAAAAAGGAGUUUAAAGAACUCUUUUUCAGGAGUAAAAGUGAUCCCAGAUAUUGAGGAGUUAAAAUAACCCCCAAAAAGGAGUUAUCCUGUACCUAAAAUUUUUACUCCACUUUCAGAGUUAAAUAAACUCCAAAAAGAGUAAAAACAACCCAUGUAAGGAGUAAAAAUAACCUCAUUUCGGAGUUAUUUUAACUCCAGACUGGGAGUAAAAAGAACUCUUUUUCAGGAGUUAAAAUGAUCCCAAAUUCGGAGUUGAAUUAGGAGUUAAAGUAACCCCCAAAAAGGGGUUAUCCUGUACCUAAAAUUUUUACUCCAUUUUCGGAGUUAUAAUAGCUCCCUAAAAAUUACGGUGUGGUUAAGUCUUUAUACUGACACGCGUGAAAAGUCUUCUUCUUGCGGCUUCGCUGCUUGUGGAUUCGGCAUGCGACUGAUCCUAAAGCAUCUUCGCCACACUCAAUCGCCGCGCGCGAGAAAAAAAUCCUCUGGUACACUGGCUAGAGUGGUUUAGAAACUCACUUUUUUUGUAGUUUUGAUAUCCUAUCGGAUUAGUAGCUAUAAUCAAAGCUCGCCCCUAAGCGACCAGCUCUAAUUACGUCCACGAUUGUGAAACCUCGUUUGAAAUAUGAUGAAAAGCUCUUGUAAGCGACCGUCCCGGUUAACGACGGUCACCACCUAUGGUAAUUGCCGAACAGUCUAUGCCAUUUUUCAGUUAUCAAGCUGCUUUAAGCGGCCACUCAUUCAUUCUUAUUCAUAAAAAGGAUUAAGUGUUGUAUUGUGGCUAGCCUGCGUAGCAAGCGUUUCCAAUCGAGUUAUUUGCGCGAAACUGAAAGUUGGGGAGCCUGGCAGUUCUAACGACUUUCGUUUUUUCUUUCUUUUUCAAAUUUCGUGUAGUUACUUUGUCUGUGACAAAGGGUUAGCGUGGAAAUUUGCCUGUUAAUGUCUUGUUAUAAACUUGUAGACUCUAAAUAAACAACGG